UCGACGUUUAACUGACUGGUCGGUCGACAUUUUCGGCACAGCAUCAUCAGUGCUGACGUGAAACUACGUGAGCGAAGGCGAAGGCCGUCCACCCAUACUGUAAUUAGUGACGAGUCAGACUACGUAAAACUUCGUCUAGGUGACAACUAUGGAAACUCAAGCGCCGACAGAUUUGUGCAACAGUUUGAACGACUCUAUGACAGAUGGAGAGGAGAAACAGAGCGAAGCCAGUCCAACUCCUGCAGAGUCUCAGGUGUCGGUGGCAGUAGAAUCUGCAGGUGAGGCUGUGGUCCAGCUGCCCGACGGUGAAACAGAGCAGGUACAAGGGGUCAUCCAGGUCCCUCAGACCUCGGUCAUACAGUCGCCACAAGUCCAGACAGCACAGAUUGCCACUGAAGCAGAGCUGGAGGAUGACGAGUCAAUCACAGACACUCAGAAGAGACGAGAGAUUCUCUCUAGGCGUCCAUCCUACCGGAAAAUACUCAACGAGCUCUCAUCAGAUUCUCCAGCAGUUCCUAAAAUCGAUGAAGAGAAGACGGAGGAGGAGGGACAGGUCUCAAGUGCGGCCUCAGCAGCAGUGCCAACCUCCAUCUACCAGACCAGCUCAGGACAGUAUAUUGCGUUCACUCAGGGUAGAGCCAUCCAGCUGACCACCCCUGGAGUUGAGGCCGACUCUGCCGCCCCACAGCCGGGAGCCACAGUCCUGCAGUGUGCAGCUCAGCCUGGAGACUCCCCACAGCAGUUCUACAUCCAGGGAGGACAGGUCCUCAUACAAGCUGCAACAGGAGACAUCCCUGCAUACCAGCUGCGUUCCCCAAACUCCGGCCUGGCUCAGAGCAUUGUGAUGGCUGCGUCGCCGGGUUCCAUGCAGAGCCCGUCAUCGCAGCACGCCGAGGAGAUCACCCGCAAAAGGGAGGUCCGGCUGAUGAAAAACAGGGAGGCUGCUCGUGAGUGCCGCAGGAAAAAGAAAGAGUAUGUCAAAUGUCUGGAAAACCGCGUGGCUGUGUUGGAAAACCAAAACAAGACCCUGAUUGAGGAGCUGAAAGCUCUGAAGGACAUUUACUGCCACAAAGCCGAGUAGUGGCAGCUGCUUGUGGUUGCGGGUUGAAGACAGGGCCCGUUUACAAACUGCUACAGCCAAACAAAAUUAAAAAAAAACAAAAAAGAAAGACUCUGGAACAAAAACCUCUUCGACCGUCUUUGUUUCUCUGCUCACUCAGGCCGUGUUUACGCUGAAGACAGAGGUGUCCCGGGGAAUUGGAACAGCUCGAGCUUGCCAGUUUCGCUCUCGUUCUUAUCUUGUGCUCUUUGCAUGUGAAGACUCCAGUGUCGCACACACUUUGCUUGCUGUUGCGAUUGUGCACACGGUGAAGCCAGCCAAUGAAGGCCAGCUGGAGAAGAGGAACAGGAAGAGGAAAUACAGGUGCUUCCUGAAAAAUGUACCGCUCGAAUACAGAGAUGAUGAAAAACCGCAAUGGGUCAGCCGGGUCUCUACCAGCAAGUCUCUCUGAGGUCGGACGGAGUGCACACAAGAUCCACCACCAGCUGUAACAAGGCAACUCAGACGUGUUUACCUGAUCCUGUCAUUUGUGUUUAAUGCUUUUAUUCUUGGUUGUUUCAUGCAUUCCUUCAUGCAAAAACACAGUUGGAGAGAAAUCACUUUAGCAUUUAGCAGUGAAGAAAUUUCCUGGAUUUUGUCAGCUAGUUUUAGUUCAUGUAGAGGUUUUUGAUUUUUUUCAAAUGGCUUCUCUGCAAAAACUAAAUUAUUGGUUAAGUGUAUUUGUCUAAUUUCAAGUCCUAAACCCUUAUUAGACUUAUUUCAAUCCACAUCUACCAGACAUGACCAGGUAAAAACCUUAUUUUAAGGUAUAAAGGCAAAGAACAAGGCAUAAAUUGCUUGUAGUUGAUUGGUAGAAACCUUAUUUCUUAAUGGUGUAGGUGCAUGUUUUGUAAUAAACUUAGGAUUUCAGGGCUUUUAUGUAUAAAUUUGUGGGUUAAAUUGAUGCAUAAAAUAUUGACUUUUGACCCCAAAACUCAGUUGACCCUCAAAUACAGCUGUAGGCGUGUGCCAAAUUUGAUGGCAAUCCCUCCAUGCAUACUUGAGAUAUUGUGUUUACAAGAUUUGUUUGACUUCCUCCUAAAUAUGCAGCUCACUCUUGAGUCAGAGUGGAAAUUUUUGUGAAGUUUGAAGAAAAGUUACUCAAAGAGUUCUUGAGAUAUCACAUCAUAAUCAGUGGAUGACUGUAUGGCCUAAUUUCUUAAACUUUUUCAGUUGACUUUAUUCACAAAUUCAGUUAAAAUACAGAUACCGUCAAUCAGGAUUACUCUCAAAAUAGUCAUUUGAAAAAGGUCCUCUCUAUAAACUAUCUGAAGCUUGUAUGUAGGAGCCAAGACAUGAUAUUUAGUCAACAACCACACUUAUAAAUACAGCUUUCUACUGGCAGCCACUAACUAAACUAAAACUCAGCAAUACCAUAGAAAUUACAGCAAAUAUCCUAAAUGUUUAGUGACACUGAUACAAUAGAUAAACCUUUACCUUUGACCUGUUGUUCAUGAGUUUAUCCUUGAGUCUGGGUGGAAAUUUGUGCAGAGUUUGAACAAAAUCUCCAUGGGGGUUCUUCUGGUUCUUGAGAUGUUACAUUUACAAGGACUGCCUGGAAGGAUUAACAGAUUCACAACCCCUGAACAUAAUGCCGACAGCCCCGGCCUUUGCUUGAACUGAGGUGUAAAAAUAACUGCUGGCCAAAUUGUAUUUGUGUUGUGAAUCAGUCUACUAGAGUGUGAAACCACACAAUUGCUAUCCUACAGUGAAGAUUCCCCAUAAAAGAGAUCGCACAGAAACACAUCAUCAAACAUGACUGCAGAAGAAAAAGAAGUGUGAAGGAUGAUCAAAAUUUCCUACUGGAGAAAACCAGAUAACAAGACAAGAACUUGGGUGAAAUCCUGGCUGAAAUGAAGGUCUAGUAGUAUUUAUGUUUUUAUCUGAAAUGACUCAAAACAUCUGGUUGGUGAAGCUACCCAGUCUGUUCACAAUCAUUGGUUAUUCAUGGGAGGCAGUCCGACUUACAAAAGUAAAUAUCAAACAUCUGAUAUGGCUUGGACACCAUAGGAAGGAGUAAAAUAAUUGUAAAAUCUACUAGUGUAAGGCCAGCCUUCCCAGGCCCCAUUGCCAUUUGCUGUAAUGCUUAUUACAAGAAAGUCAACCCUCUUACCCUGGUCUGUUGUCUGUUCAGUCAAAAUAGGACCCCUAUUUACAAAAAGCUUAGACUUGAAAUUAAAACUGGGAGUCAAAAAUGUCUGAUGAGGGCAGAUGUAGCAAUAAUUUCUCGCAUACUUUUAGACAGUACAAGGUUGGAGAGGCUCCAGUGUGACAGAUAGCUGUACAGUUAUUUGGGACGAAUAAUCAUUUGCAAUGGGCCUUGAAUUGGGACAUGACCAAAUGGUUGUCUAGUGUCUGGCCACAAGCCCAGUAGAGUAAUCACAUUUAUGUUUUACUUUUUAACUAUUACAAGCAAUCCAGGCCUUAUUUCUGCCUAUUGUUUAUUAGAAUAAGCCAGGGGUGUCAAACUCAAUCACAGCAGGGGCCGUAUUCUGGAUUCAGGUCUAAUCUGAGGGUCUUACAGGGCCUUACAGGGUCACCUUUUUGACCAUAAACUGUCAACCUUGUUUCACCGCUAAUAAAAUAUGAAAAAAAAAAAAAAACAGCACUGAUGAUAAAUGAUUUUGCAAUGAAAAAAUUAAAAAGAUAAGUUGA